AAUAUAUUCAGGCCUUCCACCAAAUUCAGAUUCAGAGAAUACAAAUUCUAUGGUUCAUGAUUCCAAAGCCAUAAAUUGAGAGCACAACAGACAAUUUUGCGAUCUGUGUUUUUUUUUUAAAAAAGUUCACGCUAUUUAAAUAAACAGGCUAUUCAAAAUCUCUUAAUAAAAAAUUAGCACCAUGUGUACCAAACACUGUAAAAUUUGGUUAAUAUUUGUGAUUUUCAACUGUCACGCGUCCGACUCCAAUAAAUCUCUUAAGCAAAUUCACGUGAUUUUCAGACACGGCGCCCGAGCCCCCACAGAAACGUACCCCAACGAUCCUUAUAUCAAUUACAAAUGGCCCGGAGGAUGGGGACAUUUGACUACGGAGGGCAAACGACAAAUGUAUUCACUAGGCCAAAACUUAAGGGCCUACUAUUCCCCAUUCUUGUCCCCUUAUUACUGGCCCCAAGAGGUCAAUUUUACGAGCAGUUACUCUGACAGAUGCUUAAUGAGCGCUGAAUUAGUUGCGGCCGGAAUGUAUCCUCCUAAAGACGAACAGGUUUGGAACGAUAAUUUGUUAUGGCAGCCCGUUCCAAUUCAUUAUUUACCAAGAAGUUUGGACAAUUCGAUUGCAAUGAAACGAGCUUGCAAAAAAUAUGACCGCGCAUUUGCGGAAGUUGCAAACUCGCGGAAGGUGGCGGAUAUGAAUUCACAAAAUCGGAUUUUAUUCGAGUAUCUAUCCCAAUGCACGGGCAUGCCUGUUACUGACAUAGGUAUCGUCGAAUCUUUGUACAACACUCUGGAAAUCGAACAACAGAAUAACUUGGCUCUGCCAAGUUGGAUUAACUCUACUCUUAUGGCCUCAAUGAAGGAACUGGCAGCACGAAAUUUGGCUCUGUACUCCGAAACGGAAUUUAUGAAAAAAAUGAAGGCGGGCCCGCUUUUAAAAACAAUUGUGGAUUUGAUGCGGAAGGCGGCUGUCGAUGCAAAAGUGCCACUCAUUAACAUCUAUUCGGGACACGAUUUGACAAUAGUGCAAGUAAUGAGGGCUCUAAAUUUGACCGAUACAAUCAAACCUAAGUACGGGUCCUCGUUGCAUUUCGAGAUUUAUUCUGACCGAAGCAUCAAGGUUUUGUAUAAAGAAUAUUGGGAAGGGUUGCCCCAGGAACAGCAACUCGAGUUUUGCGCAAAUCCGUGCCUACUAGAUGAUUUCGAGAGCAGUCUAAGUGAAAUCAUUCCUCAAGACUGGGAAAAUGAAUGUAACGGGUAGGAACUGAAGGGAAUUUUUCAUAUUUACCAAUAAAUGAUUUAAAAGUGGAUUG